AUGCUGAUGCUGAUGCUGAUGCUCUUCUGGCUCCUGGCUCCAACUACACUGAAAAGGCUACGCACCAUAUGUGUCUGCAGGAGUUUUAUCGGCUUAGAUGAAAGCUACUAUAGGCCUGGUGAUCUCAUUAUUGGUGGGAAUUUGCCCUUGGGAAGCAUUUUAGAGUCUUCUGUCACAGACUUUAAUACACUGAAUCUUCUUUUCAAUAAUGCGUACAUCCACAGUUACUACCAGCAGUUCCUUGCAUUGAUGUUUGCUGUCUCUGAGGCCAAUAAGGAUUUUCUUCUGCUCCCCAACAUCACCCUUGGCUUCCACAUCUAUGGCCAUUACCAGAGGGAGAUAUAUAUUUCCUUAAACAGUCUCUCCAUGCUCUCCUCACGAGGCCAAGGGGUUCCAGGUUACAAAUGUGAUCAUCCGGACAUUCUGCUGUCUGCCAUUGGUGGUCUCAGUGCCAAAUCCUCACAACUGAUGGACUCCAUCUUCAGCAUCUUUAAGGUCCCACAGGUAAGAGAGCUCUCUUGGAUACAGUAUGGAAUAGACAAAGAUCAAAAGCACACAGAGAAGCCAAAGAUGAAACUAAAGUGGAACUGGGUUGGGCUUUUGGCCCCUGAAGAUGACAAUGGAGAACGUUUCAUUUCAACUCUGACGCCGAUGCUCCAGGAGAAGGAGAUCUGCCUGGCCUUCACUAUAAUGCUGAAACUAGAUGAUGUUCAAAUCACGAUGAAAAAGUUUGUUCUCAAUUUCCAUACCUGGUCUAAAGCAGAAGUGUUUAUUAUGUUUGGAGACUUCACUAUUACCAGUAAUGUAGUAAUGACGGUACAUUAUUUUGGAAAACUCAGAAAAGUGUCCUUAAUUAAAGUUUAUAUCUUCACUUCACAUUGGAAAAUUGGCGUGGAAGAAUCUGAAGAAACAUUGCAAUUUAUAAAGACUUUGCAUGGGGUCCUGCAUUUUAGGGACCAUUCUGGGGAUGUCUCUGAAUUCAGCAAGUUCCUCCUGUCUUUAGACCCCUUGAACCCCCAAGGAGACGUCUUUCUCCCUCAAUGGUGGGAAAGAGUCUUUGGCUGCAAGAUCCAUAAAUCAGGAAAGAUCCCUCCAAAGGGGGAAAAACAAUGUACAGGAAAGGAGAAUCUGCAGAAUAUGCCCAAUUACACUUUGGAAACAAGAAUGACAGGUGAAAGUUACAAUAUCUACAAUGCCAUUUAUGCUCUGGCACACGCUUUACAUGCAAUGCAUGGAUCCAGAGUCCGACCAAUGAGGCUUGGAAAGAGGAUCUCAGACAUCCAGUCAUGGCAGAUUCUUGCCUAUUUGAGGACCAUCCAGUUCAACAACAGUGCUGGAGAUGAAGUCUCCUUCUCAAAAGAUGGACUGGGAUCUGCUCGUUAUGAUCUUUUCAACUGGGUUCUCUUCCCUAAUAGAUCCUUUGUCCCCAUAAGAGUUGGGCAUGUAAAUCCUGAGGCUCCCCCAGGUCAGAAUUUCACCAUUAAAUCUGAUGGAAUCAUUUGGGCCACCAAGAAGGUCCACUUCCUUGCCUAUCAAGACACCCUGGGAUACAUCUUAGUUUUUCUUGCUCUUUUUCUCUCAGUGAUCACAUCUGCAGUUCUGGUGAUUUUCUAUAAACACCAUGACACACCAAUUGUCAAGGCCAACAACCGAGACCUCACUUACAUCCUCCUGGUCUCCCUAUUGCUUUGCUUCCUCUGUUCCUUCCUCUUCAUUGGUCAACCAGGGAAGGUCACCUGUCUCUUCCAACAAUCUGCCUUUGCAAUUCUCUUUUCCCUUGCAGUUUCCUCUGUGUUGGCAAAAACUGUCAUGGUGGUUCUGGCUUUCAUGGCCACCAAGCCAGGGAACAGGACAAGGAAACUCUUAGGAAAACCACUGACCAACUCCAUUGUCUUAGCUUGUCCCCUGAUUCAAGCAGUUCUUUGUGCCACCUGGCUGGGAACCUCUCCCCCAUUUCCUAACUUGGACUUCAACUCCCUAUUUGGAGAAAUCAUCUUGGAAUGCAAGGAAGGCUCAGCUUUAAUGUUCUACAUUGUCCUCGCCUACCUAGGUUUUUUGGCUUUCAUCAGUUUCACAGUGGCAUUUUUAGCUAGAAAAUUGCCUGACAGUUUUAAUGAAGCCAAAUUCAUUACUUUUAGCAUGCUGGUCUUUUGCAGUGUUUGGAUCACUUUCCUCCCCACCUACCUGAGCACCAAAGGGAAGUCCAUGGUGGCUGUGGAGAUCUUCUCCAUUUUGGCAUCUGGGGCUGCUCUCUUGGCUUGUAUCUUUUUCCCAAAAUGCUACAUUAUUCUACUGAGGCCGGAUCUAAAUUGUAGAGAAAAUAUAGUAAGGAACAAGAAUUUUUAA